GCUACUAACCUGACCCUAAAACACUGUGGAGGAACAGUGUCCAUGGCCCUGCUUUGGAGGGGAUACGGGGCCAAUUGAGGAGAGAGUGUGGCCAUCACAUACUUAGUGUGGAAGGAAACAUUUUCUCCCCUUGAACUUUUCUAGAUACAGUCAUUUUGCCACAUCUUGGGGAUCACCUGCUCAGCCUCUAUGGCCUUUCAGGACCUCCUGGAUCAAGUUGGAGGUCUGGGGAGAUUCCAGAUCCUUCAGAUAGUUUUCUUUUGUAUCUCCAGCCUCAUAGUGUACCCUCAUAUGCUAUUGGAGAACUUCACUGCUGCUGUCCCUGGUCACCGCUGCUGGGUCCACAUCCUCGACAAUGACACUGUCUCUGUUAAUGGCACUGGGAUCCUCAGCCAAGAUGCUGUCCUCAGAAUCUCCAUCCCAUUGGAUUCAAAUCUGAGGCCAGAGAAGUGUCAUCGCUUCCUCCACCCCCAAUGGCAUCUCCUUCACCUGAAUGGGACCUUCCCUAAUAUGAGUGAGCUGGACACGGAGGCCUGUGUGAAUGGCUGGGUGUAUGACCAAAGCUCCUUCUCUUCCACCAUCGUGACUGAGUGGGACCUGGUAUGUGAAUUUCAGUUACUGAACUCAGUUUCUAAAUUUUUAUUCAUGGCUGGAACGCUGGUGGGAAGCAUCAUAUAUGGCCAUUUAUCAGACAGGUUUGGCAGGAGGUUAAUACUCAGAUGGUGUUUGUUCCAGUUUGCCAUUGCUGACACCUGUGCAGCCUUUGCUCCCACCUUCCUCAUUUACUGCUCACUACGCUUCUUGGCUGGCUUUUCUAUCACAACCAUCAUGUUAAAUAGUACUAUGCUCAUUGUAGAAUGGACAGUGCCUCGAUUCCAAGCCAUGGGAACAACAAUGAAAACCUGUGCAAAUAGCAUUGGACAGAUAAUAUCAGGAGGUCUGGCUUUUGCCAUUAGAGACUGGCGCACCCUACAGCUUGUGGUUUCUCUGCCUGUAUUUCUCAUCUUUCUGUCUUCAAGAUGGCUGAUGGAGUCUGCUCGGUGGCUUAUUAUCACCAACAAACCUGAGGAUGGCUUAAAGGAACUUAGAAAAGCUGCACACAGAAAUGGAAAGAAGGAUGUGGGAGACACCCUAACCCUUGAGGUUUUGACAUCCACUAUGCAGGAGGAGUUGGAGGCAGCACGGACCAAACAUACAGUGUGUGACUUGUUCCGCACACCCAACCUGCGUAAAAGGAUCUGUUUACUGUCCUUCGUGAGAUUUGCAACCUUCAUUCCUUUUUAUGGCCUGAGUCUCCACCUCCAGCACUUGGGGAAAAAUAUUUUCCUGUUCCAGGUGCUUUUUGGUGUAGUCACACUUCCAAGCAAUUAUGUUGCCCUUUUGGCACUGAAUCACCUGGGCCGUAGAGUAAGCCAGAUGCUUUUCCUAUUCCUGCUGGGAAUCUCCAUUCUGGCCAUCAUAUUUGUGCCCCAAGAAAUGCAGACCCCGCGUGUGUUUUUGGCAUCUUUGGGAAUAGGAGUUUCUUCUGCCGCUAUCACCAGUGCACUUGCCCAUGGAAAUGAACUAAUCCCCACUGUAAUCAGAGCAAUAGGUUUAGGAAUCAUCGGAAUUGCUGGUAAUAUUGGGGCAGCCCUGGCUCCCCUCUUGAUGAUCCUAGUGGUGUAUUCCCCUCGCCUUCCCUGGAUCAUCUAUGGAGUAUUUCCCAUCCUCGCUGGACUUGUUGUCCGACUCCUUCCUGAAACCAGGGAUCAGCCCCUGCCUGACUCUAUCCAGGACGUGGAAAAUGAGAGAAAAAGCUGGAGAAAAGCAAAGCAGGAAGAUAUUUCCAUGAAAGUGACACCAUUUUAAGGAAUUGCAAGAGCUACCUAACUGCUGAUUCAAGAGCAAGAUAAAGGGGGAAAAUGAGAUAAUUCCUCAUAAGGGAAAAUAUGUAAAAUUAAUAAAUAAAAGUAUACAA